AUGGUGUUCGGCGGCGUGGUGCCCUACAUUCCCCAGUACAGAGACAUCCGGCGGACGCAGAACGCAGAGGGCUUUUCCACCUACGUCUGCCUGGUAUUACUGGUCGCAAACAUCCUGCGGAUACUUUUUUGGUUUGGAAGGCGUUUUGAAUCCCCUCUUUUGUGGCAAAGCAUUAUCAUGAUCAUUACUAUGUUACUGAUGCUGAAACUGUGCACUGAAGUACGUGUGUCCAACGAACUAAACAUAAAACGCCGCUCUUUUGCAGCUGCAGAUAGUAAGGAUGAAGAAAUCAAAGCACCUCCCAAGAGAUCCUAUCUGGAUUUUGACUUGAACUAUUUUUGGCACUGGAGCAAGUUUACAGACUACGUGCAGUGUGUCCUGACCUUCACUGGUGUGACCGGUUACAUCACUUACCUCUGGCUUGACUCAUCUGUCUUUGUGGAAACGCUGGGCUUCCUUGCAGUGUUCACUGAGGCUAUGUUAGGUGUUCCCCAGCUCUACCGUAACUACCAGAACAGGUCUACAGAAGGAAUGAGUGUCAAGAUGGUGCUGAUGUGGACCAGCGGGGACACGUUCAAGACAGUUUACUUCAUUCUGAAUCAGGCCCCUUUCCAGUUCUCCAUCUGCGGACUCCUGCAGGUUUUUGUGGACAUCACUAUCCUGUUGCAGGUUUACUUGUACAGCUACUACCCUCAGAAGCCUGUGUCCCACACUGCACACCCAGCCAGCACCAAGGCCCUGUGA